AAUUUACUUCUUCUUCUUCUUCUCCAGUUUCUUCUAUCGGUUUAUUUUUCAAUUCCAUCUUCAUUGUUUCGCAGACCCAUAGAUAGGCUUUGAUUUAGGGAUUUUAAUUUCAAUGGCUGCGAUCGCGAAUCCACGCUUGCUGCUUAAUUAUUCCUGCGAAUGACAUUUUCUUAAGUUUAACCUUUUUAUUUUCUGUUAUGUUGUUUGCUCGUUUCGAAUGAGGUCACUUUUUAACUCGUUCAUGGAUUUAGCUUCUAAAAAUUGAUCUUUUUUUGCAGAAAUAUGAAUUAGGCAUAUAUAUAUAUAUGGUUUUAGAGGUCAAUAUACAUUGUAUUAUUCGUUUGCUUCAUUCUUACAAAAGUAGAGCUAAAAAAACCUGAGCUUUUAAGUCAAAGCCUUAUUCAAAAAUGUUUUUGCUUUCUAAUUUCUAAAGCUUAAGCAUUGAUGUUACUGUUUUGUGAUGUUCAGGUGGACUGGAAUCAGUUUUGGUAGAGAGCGUUGUUAAAGUUUCGUCCAUUAACAGGCUGAAGAGUUCUUCCUCAAUCUGUGUAACCACCACUUCGUGCUCCUCCUCUAUCUGUUUCUCAUUCCAGUCUCGUCUUUCGAUUUCUCUAGCACAUGCUUGUCUCCUCUGCUCACUUGUUCCGCGUUCAAGCUCUGAUUCUCUCUUUCCCUGCAACCAUCCUUUUGCCUCGCAUACCAAUUGGUUCUCAAAGUGUUGAGUUUCGUGGAAUGAGUUUGUCCUUUGCAUCAAUUCAUCUCUGAAAUAGUCCAUUAUCAGAUGUUCUUCGUGGAUCCAAAUGGCGUGUCUUUCUUUGACUCGGUUCCAUAGCUGUGCUGCCUUCUCUUCAACCUCAUCAUUGUAUUCAUCUUCACUCUCUCUAUCAACAGUAUCACAAUUCUCAUCAUCAUCAUACUUGGUAUCUGUCUCUUGUCCUCCUUCCAUGCAAGAUGCUUCAUCCAUUGAGCCCCAUUCAUCCAAAUUGAAAGGACUAAUGUUGGCCAAAGACUCAAACCGCUGAAUCGUUUGCAUGAGCUUUUGUUUGGUUCCUGCAAAAUCAUUUACAUAACGUAUGUUUCAGAACUUCGAAGUCUGAAAAAAUCUAAGAAGAGAACUUGCUUCGAUUGCAAUGAAGGAAAUCUAUACUCACUUUCCACAUUGUCAAGGCAUUGACUGAAAGAAGAGUCUGAUGUUUCGUCAUAUUCCUCAUGUUGAAUCUCAAACACUGAGACAGGGCUGUUGUGCUCCUUUUCACACUGUCCCACUUCAGUGUCGGCUAGUAUUACUGCUGUGCAAGAAUCUUCGCCGACGCAGUGUCCUUAGACGAGUGCCAUCGCACGAUGUCUUUGACUCGAAUAACGGUGAUGCUUGCUUGGUUUUCUGCUUUGUUCUUGGUUGCUAACCGCCGAGAAAGGCUCCUUGGUAAGAUCCCCGAUGGAGCGGAUUUGAUGGUGUUGGAAUGGAGGUUCUUGAUGGCGUUAAUCACAGCCUGCAAUGCAUUGGAUUGUUUCCUCUUUGGUAUCAUUGGGAAAGGGUUGAGAGGAUGCCGUCUGGGAAUCGAUUUGAACCCGUUUGAGGAACAUGAGUUGGAAUCUUCCAAGAGACAGUCUUUGAGCAUUCUCGACCUUAGCUCCAUCCUGAAACACUCUUUGGCUCAGCUAAACGGUGAAAGCCAUGUGAAUGUUCCUAUCACUUCUGACAGUAUACCUCCUCUAUGGGGCUAAUUGUGUGAUCAAGGCUACGUUGCUGUUUGUCUGCAAGUUCCCAUCACCGAAACCCAAAAGACUACAGGACAUGGGCAUAGGAUUUUGUGGUAAUCAUGGUCAGCCAGCAGAAUCAUGUGUAGAACAAGAUGGGCUGAUUGAAGAGAAUGAAUCUUAGGUUCAUGAUCAUGAUGACUAUGUUGACAGCUUGUGAAUGAGAUGAAUGCAUAGGACUUAGUCUGCCUUUUGAGGUGAAGCUGAGCAAUCACUGUGCAAAGCGUGUGGUGAAACGUGGAGGCUCGUUGUUGCAUGAAGUGUAUCCAGACAGCGAUGCGACAUGUCUGGCGAAUCUGUCAGAGAUGAUACGCAAAUGCGGAUAUAAAGUUGUGGCUACUACAAGAGCUGAUGAUUUGCCGCUUAUCAUCAAUAACAAAGAUAAAAAGAUUGAUCUUGUACUGGCAGAGUUCCGCUUGAUUGAGAUGAACAAGUAUGAACUUCUUGAGAAAAUCAGGUCGAUUUGUGAGAUUCCGGUUGUUGUUUCGGGUGCACAUGUCAAAGAUGCCAUUGUAGAAUGUCUGUGCAGAGGUGCCAAAUUGUGUCUGGAGAAGCCGCUCAUGGAGAAUGACUUCAAAAUUCUGUGGCAGUUUACAGUCAGUAGACAGCGAAACUUUCGUAGUCAAAUUGACAUCAACCCACCUGAGAAAAAUCAUUCAAUCACCCACACUCAAUCUCUUGGAGCUGAGCUUAAGAAAAAUAACAAUAACAGCGAAGUUGAAACAGAAGAUCUUGAUAAGUACAAAGAUGAACUCGGACAAGGUAACAAAAGAAAGGAAAGAGCGGAUACAGAUACUGGAGAACAUACAGAGAAGAAUAAUGGCUCUGAUUUGGGAGACCAAAAGAAGCCAAAACUUCUUUUUGCAGAUGACCUACAAAACGAAACUUUAGAAGCUGUCCCAAAUAUAGAAGAAGCCAACAAUGAAAGAAAGGCACCAACAGAGAUAAAGAAGAAUGGAGAAAGUAGUGAGAAGAAGAGCCCAGAACUGGUUUGUAUGGAGGAGGAACUUCAAAAGUGGUCAGCUGAAUCAUUUAUUGAUUUAACUGCUUCUGUGGAAAAUGAAUCCCAAGACCCACUGGAGAGCGUUGGGGAUUCUGUGGGACCUCAUGAGAUUCCAUUGAGUCCGCCAGAGUCCUCAAACAAUAAUGUUGCUGCUCAGCUACAAAUGCCGACACAUGAAGCAUUAGAUGAAGAAGUGAUGCAGGAUGGACUCAGCCUCUCUGACCUCGAAGUUGAUCUGCAGGAGGGACAUGGCUCAAAUAAGGAGCUUUUCGAUAAGAUAUUCACCGAUCUCGCCAAAGAGCUUAAACCUUAAAUUACAAAGCUCUGCUCUGCAUUGCUCUAUCUGUCUCCUUAAUUAUGAGUAUAAGAUGUUUGUCUUUGGUUUUAAGUUUGUCUUUCUCUCGUUAGUGUUUGAACUUGAACUUCCGUUUUUUUUUUUCAGUGUUGUCUUUUUUAUGUCUCGAGUCAAAUUGGCUUUGUUAGUUUCUUACUUUCUUGAAAAUUUCCAAUAAACCAUCUUUGUU